UAACCCUUCCAUUUGGAUUUUCUGUAGUUUACUUCGCCUUGUUUAUCAAUGUUUAUGCAUGUGCGGCCUGUGUUGACUUUAGGGCGUAGCCUGCGGUCACUGCCAUGUAAAAAUACACUUUAACGUGUUUGAACUCAAAGACGCGACUUUGGUGUGGUAAACUGUAACUUUAAAUGUCGCGGAAGGAGGAAGAGGAAGAUAUAAGCGAACCUUGACUGUGGAAAAUGUCAAUAAUUCUCAUUUAGCGGACGGUCAAAUGUUUGCUAAAGAACGUCAAGAUUUCGAGAACAAAUAUCUCCAGAAAAGCUCGAUGGACUUCACCAAAAUUAACUCUUUCGAAACUUUCACGGAGGUGUGGAGUCAUUACGGCUAUGGAGAAAACUUGGAGGACUUGCUUGAACGGGAGUUCGCUCGACUUAACGGUACUGUAUAUCUGGAUCAUGCAGCAAGUACUCUCUACCCACAAUCUCUGGUCACGGAUUACUGCCUGGAUAUUUCAAGGAACGUCUAUGGAAACCCUCACAGCCACAACCCCAGCAGCAGGUUAACACAUGACACCGUGGAGAGGGUCAGGUACAGGAUAUUGCAGCAUUUCAACACCACCCCCGAGGAGUACUCUGUGAUAUUUACUUCGGGCUGUACAGCCGCUCUCAAAUUAGUGGCAGAGGGCUUCCCCUGGAGGCCGCAGACAGAGGGCAAGACAGGAAGUCACUUCUGCUACCUUACUGACAACCACACAUCUGUUGUUGGCAUAAGAGGACUAACAUCUGACAGGGGAGUGGUUGUCCUCCCAGUCUACCCCCAAGAGGUGCUAAAUAGGGCAAAAGAUGAGACUCAAGGUGAAAAUACGGUUUGUCAGACGCCACAUCUCUUCUGCUACCCAGCGCAGAGCAACUUCUCUGGGAGGAAAUAUCCCCUUAGCCAUGUAAAAGGCAUCCAGGCCAAGCGUCUUUACCCAGCAUGUGACCAUCCAGGCCAAUGGUUUGUGUUGCUGGAUGCUGCCUCGCUUGUCAGCUGUUCCCCACUAAACCUACAAGACUGCCCUGCCGAUUUCAUUCCUAUUUCCUUCUACAAGAUAUUUGGCUUCCCUACAGGUCUGGGGGCCCUUCUUGUCCGCAACCACACAUCAAGCAUGCUAAAAAAGACUUAUUUUGGGGGAGGUACAGCAGCAGCAUACCUUUCUGGAGAAGAUUAUUACGUGCAGGCUGCAAACAUUCCUGACAGAUUUGAAGAUGGCACAAUCUCCUUUUUAGACGUCAUUGCUCUCAACCACAGCUUUGAAACUCUUUACAGAAUCACAGGGUGCAUGCUGAACAUACAGCAGCACACAUUUGGCUUGGCACGCUACACUUACUUGCUUCUGUCAAGUCUUUGCCAUGGCAACAGGCGACCAGUGGCCCAGAUGUACACUCAUGGCCAGUUUGAGAGUCCAAGCACACAAGGCGCAAUCUUAAACUUCAACCUUAUGGACUGUCAUGGAAAAAUAAUUGGAUAUUCCCAGGUGGACAGACUGGCAAGUUUGUACAAUAUCCAUGUACGCACUGGUUGCUUCUGCAACACCGGAGCUUGUCAGAGCUUCCUUGGGAUUACAAAUCAGCAAAUGAGGAGAAACUUACAAGCUGGCCACGUCUGCGGAGAUACCCUUGACUUGGUGGAUGGGCUGCCAACCGGAUCUGUCCGCGUGUCCUUUGGCUACAUGUCAACCUUUGACGACUGUCAAAAGUUCCUGAGCUUUGUUGCCGAGUGCUUUGUGGAGAAACCAGUAACAGUAGACCAAGCCAGACUAGAAAGCCUUAAAGCUGCAAAAGCACCAAAGGAAGAGACUACAGUCAAUAUCACUGAAGUAACACCGAAAGACCAAGAAAAGGAGCAAAUUACAGAAUCUUCACGAAGGGGAUUUAAAGUUCUAGGUCCAGGCAGCCAUCAAGGAGCUUAUACAUUGACCAACAUCUACGUAUAUCCCAUCAAAUCGUGUGGCGCUUUUGAGGUCCACAACUGGCCAGUAGGACCUCAGGGUUUGCUAUAUGACAGAGGCUGGAUGGUGGUAAAUGGAAAUGGGGUGUGCCUGAGUCAGAAAAGAGAACCACGUCUAUGCCUCAUUCGCCCACAAGUCAGUCUGUCUUCAAAUGAGUUGCUUUUGCAGGCGACAGGAAUGGAUGAUACCAUGUCAGUUCCACUGGAAAUCAGAACUGGAAUGGACGCAAGCUCUCCGGUGUGUCAGAGUAAAGUUUGUGGUGAUAGAGUAGAGACGGUGGACUGUGGUGAUGGGGCUGCGUCGUGGCUUUCAGACUUUCUUGGACAGCCAUGCCGUCUGAUAAGACAAAGUCCCAAUUUCACUCGAGGCAUGAAAAAGAAGUUUGAUACAGCCAUCAGCUCAUCGUCACUCUCACUGGUGAAUGAAGCACAGUAUCUCAUGAUCAAUCGUGCCAGUGUGGAGCUCAUUCACAAAGUAAUGAGCAGCAGAAAAGAAGAGUCAGCGCUCGACACACAAAACAUCAUCAGUCGGUUCCGAGCCAAUUUCGUCAUUGCAGGCGGUGAAGCAUUUGAGGAGGAAAAUUGGUCAAGCUUGAUUAUUGGCAACAUUCAAUUCACGGUCAUAGGUCAAUGUGUUCGUUGCCAAAUGGUUGGAAUAGACCAGAACACUGGGAGCAAAACCAAAGAGCCUCUUAUUUCUCUUUCAAGCCAGCGCACUGGAAAGGUGACAUUCGGCGUGUACCUCGUCCAUCAUUUACCAGAAGGGUCCACUAAAGCCGGUGUCUUGUGCACUGGAUCCCUGUGCUUCAUAAACAGCACCGCAAACACCCAAGACGUGCCUGUGACAUUGGGAGGUUUUCUGACAUGAUACCUGUCAAGUGUGCAGGGAUCUUCUUUUUUAUUUGCUAGGUUUUACUUUGUCGAUAUCCACAAUCCUUGAGAUGCCGGUUCCUGCAGUUCUUAAAGCCAACCAGCCAAAAUAAAUGCGUGUACUGUUAUUUCCUAAGUAUAAAGCGCUCUUAAAUAUAAGCCACACCCACUUAAUUUUUGGAAAAAAAAAGUUCUACAUAACAAUCAAACUUUAUUUAUAUAGCCCUUAAUGCCAAAUGCCUCAAAGGGCUUCACAAACCACAAUUACAUCGGCAUCAACCGGAUUUGAUCCCACAUCUGGGAAAAAAAAAAAACUCACCCCAAUGUGGGAACAAGUUCCUUGGUGACGGGUGAAAUGGAUGUCGAUGUAAUAUUGGCUGCACACAUCUGUGUGAUGCAGGUGUUUAUAUUAAAACAUGAAAUGUGUUCAUUCACAAAGAGCCUGUCCCAAAAAAAUCCUAAAAUUACUAUUGUGCAGAAUUCAUUAAGCCAGUGUUUUUCAACAUUUUCUGAGCCAAGGCACAUGUUUUUCAUUGAAAAAAAUCCCAAGGGACACCAGCAGCAGAAGUCAUUAAAAAAUGAAACCCAGCAGCCAAUGUUGACAAUCAAAAAGUAGUUCUUGCAAUUGUUGGAUAUGAAUUCAAACCAUAACCAACCAUGCAUCACUUUAACUCUUGUCUCAAAGCAGGUGUACCUUAACAACAUGUCACAUCACGCUGUGACUUAUUUGGAGGUUUUUGACGUUUUCCUCUGUGUGUCGUGUUUUAGUUAUUUACUUGCGCUCCUAUUUCGGGGGCAGUUUCAUGUCUUCCUUGAACGCUGUUCCCGCACCUACUUUGUUUUCGCAAUCAAGACUAUUUAAGUUGUGUGGACGCUAUCCUUCUUUGCGGGGACAUUGAUUGUCAUGUCAUGUACGGAUGUACUUUGUGGAUGACAUCUGCUCCAUAGGCUGUAAGUCUUUGCUGUCGUCCAGCAUUCUGUUUUUGUUUACUUUGCAGCCAGUUCAGUUUUAUUUUUGUUUUGCAUAGCCGUCCCUAAGCUUCAAUGCCUUUUCUUAGCGGCAAUCGCCUUUUGUUUAUUUUUGGUUUAAGCGUUAGAUACCUUUUUACCUACAUGCUGCGACUCGCAUACUGUGAUCAGGACAACCCAUGUUCCCGACAUCUCCAAAGCAGUUAACUACCUGCUGCCACCUACUGAUGUAAAAGAGUAUUAUCAUCUGCCGAGCUCUAGACAUCACAGACACUCAACAUACAUCCAUCCAUCCAUCCAUUUUCUACCGCUUAUUCCCUUUUGGGGUCGCGGGGGGCGCUGGCGCCUAUCUCAGCUACAAUCGGGCGGAAGGCGGGGUACACCCUGGACAAGUCGCCACCUCAUCGCAGGGCCAACACAGAUAGACAGACAACAUUCACACUCACUUUCACACACUAGGGCCAAUUUAGUGUUGCCAAUCAACCUAUCCCCAGGUGCAUGUCUUUGGAAGUGGGAGGAAGCCGGAGUACCCAGAGGGAACCCACUCAACAACCACACAUUAUUUGCGGGAUUAUAAUUACUGGUUUGCCAAAAAUAUUUUUAACCCAAAUAGGUGAAACAACAUAAUCUCCUACGGCAUAUCAGACUGUAUCACAGUGGUUGAAAAACUGCAACAAGCGACAGGGUUCAAAACGUGACAAAAAAGAGUUGCGGUUUAUACAGUCCGAAAUUUACUUUACGUUCUGUGUCAGCCCGAGUCUAUAUAAUAUAUUGUAAAUAUUUUAAGUGAGUUGUUUUUUCACUCAAGUGUUGUGAAAUAAAGCAGGUGUAGCAUUUUAUUCACAUGGCAAA